AGCUUGGUGGGCCUGCAAAGUAAACAGCCAUGUGCAUUGAGCAUUCCUAUCUCUAUAUUUAACAGCUGCCCGUCUUACCAGGCUCAUGACUUUUGAGGGAGGUGGGGUAGGGGCUGCUCAGGUCUUGGGGAGGGGUAAAAAAAAGAAAGAAGAAGUCUGAGGAUUAUCUCUCUUUUUCUUUCCCCCCCUCCUCUUUAAAUUUCUUUUUUAGAGAGACCUGCACCAUGCCGGCAUCUCAAAGUCGGGCCAGGGCGAGAGACAGGAACAAUGUCUUGAACAGGGCUGAGUUCAUGUCUCUGAACCAGCCCUUGAAAGGUGCCCAAGAACCCAGGAGCGCUGGCCGGAGGCAGAACAGCCAGCCCGGCCCCACUCCUGCCCCAACCGAAGGUGCCAAGGAGCGGAGGCAAUCUCAGCAGCUGCCCGAGGAAGACUGCAUGCAACUGAACCCUUCCUUCAAAGGAAUCGCCUACAAUUCCCUCCUGGCCAUCGACAUCUCUCUCUCAAAGAGGCUUGGGGUGUGUGCCAGAAACGCCUCGUCCUGGGGCAAUGCCCGCUCCAUGAUCAACCUCAUCGGGAUCACCGGGCAUGGGAUCCCUUGGAUCGGCGGCACGCUGAUCUGUCUGGUGAAGAGCAGCACCCUGGCAGGCCAGGAGGUCCUCAUGAACCUACUUUUGGCCUUAUUUCUGGACAUCAUCAUUGUGGCUGGCUUACAGAAGAUGGCCAAGCGAAAGGGCCCAUAUGACGUAAGCCCAGGCCUGUUGGACUACUUGACCAUGGACGUCUAUGCUUUUCCAGCAGGACACGCCAGCCGAGCUGCCAUGGUAUCCAAGUUCUUCCUCAACCACCUGGUCUUAGCUGUGCCGCUUCGGAUCUUAAUUGUGAUCUGGGCCUUCUUGGUGGGACUUUCCCGGAUCAUGGUUGGGCGGCACCAUGUCACCGACGUCCUUUCUGGAUUCGUGUUUGGCUAUUUGCAGUUUAGGCUGGUGGAGGUGAUGUGGAUGUCUUCUAAUACUUGCCAGAUGUUGAUCUCCAUGUGGUGAAACAGCAGCAACGCACUGUCCUUUCCCCCUUAUUUUUACAUAAU